AUGGCGUCCUCCGGAGCCGGCGGGAAGUCCUCGAGGUCCGCCAUCGUGGCCGACACGGCCAGCGGGCACCACCUCCUAACCAUCCACGGCUACUCCUGCACCAACGUUCCCACCGGACAGAAGAUCAGUUCCCAGCCCUUCCAACUCGGCGGCCACCGCUGGCGGAUCGACUACUACCCCAACGGCAUAACCUCGGCGGUCGCGGAUUACGUCUCCCUCUCCCUAAUCCUCGCUGAAGAUGUCAAGGCGGCGGUGAACGCCAAGCACAGCUUCUGCCUAGCCGGGGAGCCGGAGCAAAGGCAAGUCGGGCGGCUAAGGUCCGCGCCGGUGGUCACAUACUCGUCCAGGGGGUGUUGCUUCUUCAACCGCUACUCCACCUUCAUCAGAAGGGAGGACCUGCUCAAGUCCAAGAACCUAAAGAACGACUCGUUCACCGUCCGGUGUGAUAUCGUCGUCGUCCAUGGUUACCGCGCCGAGGAGGCUUACGUCUCUGUGCCCCCAUGCGACCUGCGGAGGGACCUUGGCAAGCUCCUUGAGACCGAGAAAGGCACCGACGUGGUGUUCGAGGUUGAUGGCGAGACCGUCGCGGCGCACUGGUGUGUGCUCGCGGCCCGCUCUCCGGUCUUCGCAGCUGAGCUCUUCGGACCAAUGAAGGAGGGCAAGGCCGACGAAGGCGGCAUCGUGCGUGUGGAAGACAUGAAUGUGGAGGUGUUCAAGGCGCUGCUCUGUUUCGCGUACACAGGAUCGUUGCCUGAGAUGCACAAGGAAGAGGAAGACGUCACCUGCCAGCAUCUGCUCGUCGUGGCUGACAGGUUUGACAUGGGGCGGCUGAAGCUGAUAUGUGAGGAGAAGCUGUGUGGGUACAUCGACGUAGGCACGGUGGCAACUAUCCUUACGCUGGCUGAGCAGCACCACUGUGAGGGGCUGAAGAAGGCGUGCUUCGAUUUUCUUGCCGCUCCGACAAAUCUGAGGGCCGCCUUGGCCAGUGACGGCUUACAACAUCUGAGUGCGAGCAGCCCGUCUCUUAUGGCUGAGCUCAUGACCAGGUCCUUGCAGCAUUAG